CUCCUUCCCUGUGCACCGGUUCCCCCCAGCGUACUUCCCCUCUCGUUUUCGUCGAGAAAUGAGCGAGAGGGAACAGCAAACUUGCAGAGGUCCGGAGACAGGUCGUGGGCCCGCCGGGCCGCCCGCCCCCGCCGCGUGCGCGCGCGCGCAUGAGUGUGUGUGUGUGUGCGUGUGCAAGGGGCCGAGGCUGGAAAGGAAACCGCCUGCCUCGCCGGGGAGAAGGAAGGAGCCUCCCCCUCCUCGCCCGCCCCCUCCCCACUUCCCGUCCAGCUCGGCGCCUCGCUUCCCCCUCCGCCGGCCGCGGGCGCACGGAACCUGCCCAUCGCCGACGAGCUCGAGGCGGCGGAAGCCGAGCGGGAGGAGCCGGCUGGGCGCAUGUCGGGCGGGGAACCCCAGGGCACCCCAGCCGGUGGCGGCGGGGGCCACUGUGCAGGCAGCCAGGAUUGCUUACCACCUGCAGCCUCUUUCCGGAAGAAGCGGUUGGCACGGAGGCCAGGCUACAUGAGAAGCACAGCUGGGCCCCGGAUCGGGUUCCUCUCCCCAGCAGUGGGCACUCCUUUCUGGGCCCAGGGAGGGAUGUGCAGUGAGGAGUCCCACCACUCUGAGUCCAGGGCCAACCCAUGUGGCCUUGACCCUGGAGGCCAGGGGCAAGGCCCCUCCGUUGGGAAUCCUGUUUCCAAGGGCAUCACAGCUGUGACAUCUGUGGACCACCUAGGCCUGGCUCUGACCCCUGUGAGAGGAACCUCAGGGCUCUUUGGGAUUCAGCUCAGAGCUGGCACCAAGCUGCCCGACAGGCUAACCAGGUCUUGUGGCCCUGGGGACACUGGGUGUCAGGAGGAGCUUCCAUCCAUGGACAGCUCUGAGGCCCCAGGCCCUGGUUGGGAUGCAGCCUGCACUGAAGGAGGAAGGGGCACCUGGACCAAAGGCUGUCUUGCCCCAAAGGAGAUGAGUAGUAACAGCUGCAGCCUCCAAAGUGGCCUGAAGUUUCCCUCAGCCCCCGCCGGCUCUCAGGAUGCCUUCACCUCCAGCUUUAGCUUCAUUCAGCUCUCACUUGGCUCUGCCGGGGAACGUGGAGAAGCGGAAGGCUGCCCACCAUCCAGAGAGGCCGAGGCCCCUCAUCAGAGGCCCGAGGAGCUGGAAGCCAAGGCUGUCAGCUUGGACAGCCCCCACGAACACCCUCGACUUCUCUCUCCCGCCUUCAACCUCAAGGCUACUCAGGGCCUAGCAGACUCUGCCCAGGCUGCAGCGGGCAGCCCCCGGCUGGAGUGUGAGAUGGUGUCUUUGUCGGACACGGACGCUGCCUCCUCCUGCUCCCCAGAUUCCUCAUGGUUUGAAGGCAGCAGCUUGGGGGACUCUCACCGUUGGGACGAGCUGCUUGGGAAAUGCGAGCCCGUGCUGCUGGACUGCCUGCUGAGUGACCGGAGGCAACUGGAGGUAAAAUCCUUAAGAUUAAAGCUUCAGAAACUUCAAGAAAAAGCAGUUGAGGAUGAUGAUUUUGAUAAAGCUGAGAUGUUGAACCAAAGAUUAGAAGACCUGGAGAAAGAGAAAAGCAGCCUGCACUUUCAGCUUCCUUCGAGGCAGCCGGCCCUCAGCAGCCUCCUGGGCCACCUGGGAGCACAGGCCCAGGCUGCCUUGCGCCGGGCCGCUCAGCAGGCUGGUGGUGACGACACCCAGGCCCCACUCAGGAUAGAGCCAAAGACGUUGGAACCUACUGCUCAGGAUAACCUACAUGUGUCCAUCACCAGACGAGACUGGCUUCUUCAAGAAAAGCAGCAGUUGCAGAAGGAAAUUGAAGCCCUCCAAGCGAGGAUGUCGGUGCUGGAAGCAAAAGAUCACCAGCUGAGAAAGGAAAUAGAAGCUCAAGUGCAGCUCCUCCCGUGGCAGGGCUGCGACCUGACUCCCCUGAUGGGCAGGCUGUCCCUGGGUGAGCUGCAGGAGGUCAGCAAGGCUGUGCAUGACACCCUGGUCUUAGCCAAUCAGAUUCCCCUCUGUGCAGAACCGCCUGAAACCGUAAGGAGCCUCCAGGAAAGGAUAAAAUCCCUCAGCUUGUCACUUAAAGAAAUCACUGCCAAGAUCUGUCUGAGUGAGAGACUCUGCAGUACUCUGAGGAAGAAACUUAACGAUAUUGAAACCCAACUCCCAGUGCUGCUGGAGGCCAAAAUGCUUGCCGUAUCAGGAAACCAUUUCUGUACAGCGAAGGAGCUCACAGAGGAGAUUAGGUCAUUAACAUCAGAGAGGGACGGGCUGGAGGGACUCCUCAACAAGCUGUUGGUGCUGAGUUGCAGGAAUGUCAAAAAGCUGGGACGUGUUAAAGAAGAUUACAACAGCCUGAGAAGAGAACUGGACCACGGGGAAGCCGCCUACGAAACAAGUGUGAAGGAGAAUACUGUGAAGUACAUGGAAGUGCUUGAAAAUAAACUGCGCAGCUGCAAGUGUCCGCUGCUUGGAAAAGUGUGGGAAGCUGACUUGGAAGCUUGUCGGCUGCUUAUCCAGAGCCUGCAGCUCCGGGAGGCCAGGGGCAGCCUGUCUGCAGAAGAUGAGAGACAGAUGGAUGACUCAGGGGGAGCCACCUGUGCAACCGUUCCUGCCAUCCCCUCCAGGCCCCACUCUGAAGAUGAGAGGAAGACCCCUUUGCAGGCAUUCGAAGAAUGGAAGGCUUACCUGACCCCAUCUCCUCACUGUGCUGGCAGUGAACAGAAAGAGGAGCCUUACAUCUUUUCUGCAGAACUUGGAGAAAAGUGUGAAGCCAUAGGCAAGAAGUUAUUGUACCUAGAGGAUCAACUUCACACAGCCAUCCAGAGUCACGAUGAAGAGCUCAUUCAGUCUCUCAAGAGGGAGCUCCAGAUGGUGAAGGAAACUCUGCAGGCCAUGAUCCUGCAGCUCCAGCCAGCAAAGGACGCAGGAGAAAGAGAGGCUGCAGCUUCCUGUGUGACAGCUGGUGUCCGGGAAGCACAGGCCUGAGGCAUGACAGGAUGGGGGAAGGAGGAAAGAGCGCAGCUCCUGCCUCCGUCAGGAUCUAUGCACAUGAGACAAUUUUUGCCACUUCCUGAAGUCACACUGUCAUUUUCAGAAGGCAGCUGGUGCUUUGCUGGGGCUCCCGUGCUGUGCAGAGCUGCUGUCCUCAGUCAAGGAGAUGCCCCGGCUCACACCAGCCAUUGGCCACGGUUCAGGGAACAGAGCAAAGCACAGUGUUUGAAUUUGCUCAUUGUCAAUUUGCUGGUUGUGUUCUCUACAGUUUUAUCUUCAGCAUUUUUGAAAAUAUAUGAUACAUAUUUUAAUAAGUAUAAUCGGUUUGUUCCAGGAAUUCUUGGUUUUUUGAUGAUGGACCAAAUUCCUGAAUUAUUUAUAACUAUAGCUAAAAAUUAUUAUGUACUCAUCACAUGGCACUUGAAAUCCUUGAAUCUUUAAAUUGAUUCCAGUAAAGCAAAACUUGGGAAGAGUCAGAACUGCCCGUAUUGUCCAUAAGGAAUCCGUAGUUUGACGUGCGUCAUUUUAAAAAGCCUCCCAGAUGGAAGGCAUGUUCACAGUCACUGCCCCAAGUGUUUUGUGUUACUCAGGCAUCAUCAUGAAUAAUUCUGUGAGGUCCUGAUGUAUUUGAAAAGCCUGGAAGCUGAUAACUGCUCUGAGUGGCCCCCCAAAUAAGGGUUCUCUGGGACCCUCAGUGGACAAUGUGUUCCUUUCCUUGUUGAGAGGCCUGACCAAGUUUAAGUACUGGGGCAGGUGAAUGAUGCUUUUACCACGUGCUGCAACUCAUCUCUAGCCUUUGCUGGUGUCUGAGUCAGUCAGGAAGCUUGCUAAAGGCCAGGGGUCCUCCGCUGGCCACACAGCUGUCUCAGGACAAACCCCCUCUUUGGCCACUGUGACCACAGAAGACCCAGGACCAUUUACCUCAAACAAUAAUACAGGGCAGUUUUUGUGAGGGCAACAUAAAAAGAAAUUAAGGCUUGAGUUUAAAAGCAACAAGACAACAACAAUUACAGUUUAAACUUUUAUGGAGACAGUCAAGAUCACAAGCCAAAGGGCAGAUUGAAAGUGGUGACUUCGAUGCUCAUCUGCCUGUGCCACAGUGUGAGAGAAUAAAUGAUACAUUACAUGGCCCCGCGUGCUGAGACGCUGGCGUUGAAAUGGCUGCCGGUUUAUCUUUCAGCAGCCCGAGUCGGGGCACCUUCUCAGUCUGUAACAGCCUCAGUUCCUUCCAACUUCCUGAAAUUUCAAGAUCAAAAUGAUCCUUCCCCAAAUCAUAUGAAUAUAAGAAAGUUUUCUUCCUCUGCCAUCGGGGUGGUCUGCCCAUCCGGGGAACAUGUAAGGGCUCGUGUGUAUGUGCUGGGAUGUCCUAAGACCUUUAAAGUCAUUAUCACCGUUAAUUCUUAUAGCAACCUUAGGAUGUGGGUGUUUGUAGAUGGCCAAACUGAGCCUUAGGAAACUAAUUAACUUCCUCAAGGCACAGAGCUGGUAAGCACUGAAGCAACAGUAGCACUUGGAGAUAGGUAGAAUGCUCGUAACUGGUGUUCUUUCUAAAGUGCCUUUAAUGUCUCUUUGGGACUUUGAGCCAUGGAACUUACUAGUUCACUUAAGAACUCGUGGUUGCCUUGGAAGUCCUUCCUGGAGAGUCAGAGGAACUGAGCCUCGGGAAUCUUGACUUCCCACUGCCCGAGGUGAGCCCCACUGUCCCGCGGCCGUCAAGGCUGGGCUCAGACAGGCUGAAGCCCACCUGCCCACCCACCACUGUCCCAACUAACCGUUCAUUCCCAAUCCACCACAACAGCCUUGCCAGGAGCAACCACUUACUGCCUAACGCGGGGCACGUUUUCUUGAAAAUCCCCAUCCAACUGGUGUUUUUCAGAAAGCAUUCGAGAGAGCAACCUAGCACUCAUUGGUCAAUGCCUUUUUGUCUAAGUGACUCGAUACUUUUAUUUUUAACAUCCUCACCUUGUCUAAUCUUUGAAUUUUGUCAUAUAAUUUAUUGCUUCAUGAAGUUUACUUUUUGUUACAUGAAAUUAAAACUGAUAUUCAAGCAUGG